AUGUCGAUACGCCACACUAACCGCUGUGCCACAGGUGUUGACGAUGGCUGGUUUGCCGUGUCUCAUUUUGGGCAAUCAAUUUGUGAUGCCAUUUUGAAGCUGGCCGCCAGCGAGUUCGGCCUCUGCUUGAGUCCGGGACACCAAAGUGCAUUUGUUACGGGUGCCAGGUACCAGUGGGCUGAUGUCUGCGUGGAUUUUGGCAGCCGGCGAGAGGAAACGCAGCUCACGGCAACGAUGUUGCUCCAUGCCAGCAAGCGUAGGAUGCCAUGGCAGGAAAGCAACCCAAGAGGAGAAAAAUCCCUCUGGGCUCCUUCACCCCAGGUUGUUGAAUUUGUGUGCCUGGGGCGCACAGCAAGCCCCUGGCCGGCGGCUUCCCGCGUACCUGCUGCGGCGGCAGUGUCCCCAGAGCUGUCGGGGUCUGGCGUGCCUGGGCGGUUGUGGCUGUGGGGAGCCGGCUGGGCUGCAGCCACGGUGCAGGCUCCGUGUCCGCAGCCACGGCAGAGCCGGGGCCGCUGGCAGAGAAUGACCAUGCAGGAGGUGUGGGCAGCAGGACUGAGUGAUGAGGAGCGACCAGGGACAAGUGGAAGGAAGCCAGCACCUGCUUUGGAGUUCAGAAAUGGUACCGAUGCUCUGCCCAGCCCGCCCAAAACAGUGGCGAUUACAGAAGUUUGUGGAGCCAAGCGCGUGGGUUAUUUUGGUCCUGCUCAAUUUUAUAUUGCUUUAAAGUUAAUUGCGGCAGCUCAGUCAGGGUUCCCGGUACGGAUUGAGAGCAUUAAGAAUGAAUUGCCUCUGCCGCGGUUUAUGGCGCUGAAAAAUGACAGUGAAGUACGUUACGGGACUCCAGCAGAACUCCAUGGAGUUAAAUUUCAGGUUCCACAUGCAACUUUGGAAAAAAAUUCCUACAAAAGAACAGAUGAAGGGGACAAACAGGAACCCAAGUCUCCACCGAUGUCUCCAAUCUGCUCGCCUCCUGCUUCUCCAUCUACUUACCAGAGAAUACCCUUAAGUUACGGAUAUGGUAAAUCAAGAAGUGGGCUGGAGCAGCAGCAUGGAGCUCCUUAUGAAGUCAGACACUCUACUCACCAGCAAGAUGGACCAUCAUCAGGGAAUUAUGGAGCCAAACCUGCACACUGUUCAACUCUUAAUCGGUCUCUUUCAGCGGAGCGGGAGCAGCAGGACAGCAGCGCCCACUACUCGGAUGACCCUUGGAGGAUAACGGAGGAGCAGCGAGACUACUACAUCAACCAGUUCAGGUCCCUGCAGCCCGACCUGAACUCCUUUAUUUCAGGUUCCGUGGCAAAGAAUUUCUUCACAAAAUCAAAGCUGCCCAUCCCAGAGCUUUCUCAUAUCUGGGAGCUGAGCGAUGUGGAUUGCGACGGGGCGCUGACACUCCCGGAGUUCUGUGCCGCUUUCCACCUCGUGGUUGCGAGGAAGAAUGGUUACCAGCUGCCGGAGACGCUGCCGGAGACGCUGCUGCCCGAGUACCUUCAAGCAGCUUCUUUGAAGCCCAUGCGUGACUGCGCACUAUUUGAUUCUUAUUCUGAGUCGUUGCCAGGCGGUCAGCAGACUCGGGACUUCAGUCGGACUGAGAAGGUAACAGCUGAAGAGGUACCUGAUAACUCUGCCCUGUUACAAGAUGCAAAGAAAGAUGACAAACAAGCUCUUAAAGUAAGCACUGCUCUCAAAACGAUACCAAAGGAAUUUCAGCACUUGACUGUGAAAACAGCUGCUCAGGAAUCUAAUGCACUUAAAGCCAGACCACGAUCCAGGUCUUAUUCUAGCACAUCAAUAGAAGAUGCUAUGAAAAAGGGAGAAGAGCCCCCUACUCCACCUCCAAGGCCACAGAAAUCACAUUCCAGAGCUUCCUCUUUGGAUCUGAACAGAGUAUUUCAACAAAACACACAAGCUGUGAGGUCUGGCUGGCUGCCCCCACCACCACCUGCACUGCCCCCUCGACCUCCUGUGUCUCAGACAGAGCAAGUAUCUGAGGUUGAAUUACAUCCUCAGAUGAAUAGACCCCCAUCGCAGGCAGAAGAAAACAGUUCAGCAAAAAAGGAGGUUGUUCUCGCUCAGCCGCCCUCCAAACCCGCCCGCAGGAAACUCCGGACGGAGGCGCAGGGGCUGGAGACCCCCGAGCUUUCUCCCACUAUAAAUGUGACUUCUUCCCUGCCGGCCGUCAAGCCUCACCUCCCAGUCCAAAAACAGUCUUCCAAGCAGAAAAGGGCUAUUCAGACCGCUAUACGAAAAAACAAAGAAGCCAACGCUGUGCUCGCCAGGUUGAACAGUGAGCUCCAGCAGCAGCUGAAGGAGGUUCACAAGGAACGAAUUGCCUUGGAAACGCAGCUGGAGCAGCUACGUCCUGUCACCGUCUUGUGAGACCUCCCGCACCACCGUGCAGUGGCAAGAGCGGAGCACGCGUCCUGACGGCCUUGCAAGGAGAGGAGCGUGGCGUGGCUGGGCAGAGCUUCUGCCGAGGCGGUGGCGGUGGGGAGGACCAGCUUGUCAGGUCUCCUUUCACCCCGCUGCGCACGUUUGCCUUUGCAGGUGAAGAAGGUACAGAAAACAAAUAUCUGACUGCCGGUUAUUUCUGAGCGGGGGAUUGCUUCGCCUUCUUUCCUCCCUUUUCCCAGCCUAAUGUGUAAAUGCAGUUUAUCACUGAAAUGAAUAACCCGAGAGUAUUUUAUUUAUGUAAAGAAUUCCUGAUUUAUACGCAUUCUGGCAGCACCUCCUGCCCCAAUCACUAAGAGGUACAGCAUUCCUGAAUUCUUGCUUAAACUUAAAACUCAUCCUCUGAGAUGGGCUUCUGGAUGUUACUGAUUCCGGUAGGAUUGUAUCAUGGUAGAGUACCUGUGGGUUUAAUGUACUACAGGAAUAAAACUCACUAGACGUACAGAGUCUUUAUCCGCAAUCAUAUGUCAGAUAAUUAUUUUCUUAGCACUGUUUAUUAUGCAAUCACGGAUGUAUUUUAAUGUUAGAGAACUUGUAUUUUAUAAGUUCAAAUCAUAUGAGAGAACAGUAAAAAAAAGUGUAAUUAUUUUGGAAAUUACAAAAAAACCCAACCCUGUUUUUUGAGCUGUAACUGUUUCCUAUCACCAGUGUUUGAUCACUUGCUUGCAACUGCCA